UAUAAUGACCAAUUAUAAUGCAACAUUCCAAUAUUUACAUAUUCAAUUCAACUAAGCGUUUCUAACUAAUCACAAUGGCUACUUCCACAUUUCUGUCCCUUUCAUGCACUCCUCAAAGCAUGUUACAUUCCAAACAUAGGUCACAAACACAAUCCUCAACUAUGUCACCUCAAUUAGGACAAAAAUAUCUCUAUAACCCUCUAAGACACAAUGUGUCUUCUCCAAUUCAAGUGAAAUCUAAGAGAAUUCAUGCUGCUGGCUUAGUUAAGGCAUCAAUGAAUAACAACAAGGAUGUGCAUGUGCUAAGCAAGGAACAUCUUGCUGUGUCUUUGGCCAAAUAUGUUUCCGAGCUCUCCGAAAAAUACAUUCGAGAGAAGGGGCGUUUCACUGUUGUUUUGUCUCCUGGACCCGUCAAGUACCUCAGGAAGCUGGUUGAAUCUCCAUACCGUGAGUCUAUUGAUUGGUCUAAGUGGCACAUAUUUUUGGUGGAUGAGAGAGUUGUGCCAAAGACUAAUGUAGAUAGCAAUUACAAACUUGCUAACGAUGGAUUCAUCUCCAAGGUACCAAUUCCCCCUCUAAAUGUGAGCACAAUUGACGAUGCCUUACCCGCCGAUGGAGCAGCUGAUGUUUACGAAACAACUCUUCGACGCUUAGUAACAAGCAAUGUGAUAUCAACAUCAUCACAAACUGAAUUUCCAAAAUUUGAUCUUAUGCUAUUAGACAUGGGACCCGACGGACAUGUAGCUUCUCUAUUUCCGGGGUACCCUGCUUUGAACGAAACUAAAAAGUGGGUUACAUAUCUCAAGAAUGCGCCUAAGCCACCACCGGAGAGAAUUACUUUUACGUUGCCAGUGAUUAAUGCUUCUUCGAAUAUUGCAAUGGUUGUGACUGGUGCUGGUAAAGCUGAUGCAGUUUACUCUGCACUUGAGAAAUCUCCUAAUGCUGAUAAGCUUCCUAUUCAAAAGGUUAAUCCUGAAGGAGAUAUUAAAUGGUUCUUGGACAAGGGUGCUGCUUCAAGGCUCUAUAGGUAGAUGAGAAUAUGCGAUUAAUGCUAGCAACAUUCACUUUAACGCUCUUUUCCAACACUAUCUCUUAUCGAGUGAAAUUCAGGUAGGUUUGACACUUUAUGCGAGAACUACUUUUAAGAUCGUGCGAACUACAUGAAUUUCACGAGGUAAAAGAGAGUGUUGAAAAGAUUAUUUCAGAGGAAAUGUUGCUACGUUAUAUAUAUUUAAAUAAAGCAAUAUGAUGGGACUACCCGUCAUGAUUCAACAUUAAUUAAGUUUUCUAUAUGAUGUUAUACUAAUGUCUUUUUUCCUCUCUUUUUGAAUGUACUUGGAUACUGUUUAAGUAUCCAAAAAUGUGUGUGUGCUUUUAAGGAGCAAAUUAUGUAUGAUUAACUGCAAUAAUAAUGAUAUUUAUCUAUUUAAUAUA